AUGAGGAUCCAUGGACGUACACUCGUCGUCGGAACAGCAUCCGGAGAGAUCCUGGUGUCGGAUACCAGCAUCAGUUUCUGGGGUGGCAUCAAUCCUGACACGGGUAUAAUUGUCGAUCAACAUCAUCCGCUCCGAGGCGAAUGUGUCACAGGCAGAAUCUUCGCUAUUCCUUCAGGACGUGGUUCGUGUACUGGAAGUGGCAUUCUCCUGGAGCUAUUGCUAAAGAAGCGAGGACCAGCGGCAUUAAUAUUUCAGCACGUCGACGAAAUCCUGACAAUGGGUGUGAUGGUGGCAAGGGAGUUGUUUGAGCUUUCAAUCCCCGUUCUCGUCAUAUCGAUGGAUGACUUUACGUCUUUGUAUAGCGGCACACCUGCUAGCGUUGAUGGCCCUGAGCUGUCUUUCGAUGAACCUCCACGAAUCCCGAAGACAGACUCACCAUCUACGAUACUUCGACCAGUGCACAUCAAGUUGUCGCCACGAGACGAGCGUCUCCUAGCUGGAGACUUUGGUCUUGCAGCCAAACUUGCCAUGGAGAUCUUGGUAGACGUCGCUGGAAUACAAGGCGCCGAGGCAUUUCUGGAUGUGUCCCAGGCACAUAUCGACGCCUGUAUAUAUAUUGGACCAGCAAGCCUCCUGUUUGCACAGAGGUUUUUGUCUGUCGGCGCCAAAUUCGCAGUCCCUACAACAUUGAACUCCAUUUCCAUCGACCAACGCCGCUGGCGUGAGAUUGGCAUGGACUCCAUUCUGGCCAGGGAGGCAGGCAAACUAGCACAAGCGUAUAUGUCCAUGGGCGCUAUGACGAGCUUCACAUGCGCACCCUACCUGUUGGAAACAGCUCCCAAGGCUGGCGAGAAUAUCGGCUGGGCAGAAUCGAACGCUGUUGUCUUUGCCAACAGUGUCCUUGGUGCUCGAACCCAGAAGUAUCCGGACUUUCUGGACGUCUGCAUCGCUCUGACUGGCCGAGCGCCGGCUGUCGGAUGCCAUCUCGACGAGCCGCGGCUACCAAAACUUAAGAUCAAAGUUGCAGCCCUCUCAGACGUGGAUGAUGCGUUCUGGCCAUUGCUAGGAUACCAUGUCGGCAAAUUGGCUGGUUCGGACGUCCCUCUGGUGUGCGGCCUCGAAGACACAAGUCCAAGCAGAUCGGAUUUGAAAGCAUUCUCGGCAGCAUUCGCAACAACGGCGUCGGCGCCAAUGUUCCAUAUGGCUGGCGUCACUCCAGAAAUCACCGAAGCUGGCGAUCCCAGUCUCGAGAUUCCCUGCUGUGAGAUUGGCAAAUACGAGCUGAUAAGCUGUUGGACUCAGCUGAAUACUGCUACAGACAGUUCACUCGGACUUGUCUCACUAGGAAACCCUCACUUCUCCCUCGAAGAGUUCGCUAAGCUCGUGAUGCUGUGCUCUCGUCAAAAGAAGCAUGCAGGGGUCGAAGUCGUCAUAACGACCAGUCGAGCUGUUAGCGAGAAAGCUGCUGAAGCUGGAUAUCUCGAUUCGUUGGAGUCUUUCGGGGCGCGCGUCAUCACGGACACCUGUUGGUGCAUGCUCGACGAACCAGUUGUUCCCCUGCAUGCCACCAAUAUCAUGACUAACUCCGCUAAAUAUGCUCAUUACGCCCCAGGCAUGGUACAACGAGGAGUACAUUUCGGGAGUCUGUCCAGCUGUGUGGAUGCGGCAUGCAGAGGGGAAUGCGUAUCAGCCAUACCAAACUGGCUUGCUGGCUGA